AUGGAACUAGGUGUGCAACCAUAUAGCCACAAGAGGCAAGAGGAACACACGCACAAGAGUCUGCCACGACGACCAGUCUGCCACGACGACCAGUCUGCCACGACGACCAGUCUGCCCACGGCGACCAGUCUGCCCACGACGACCAGUCUGCCACGACGACCAGUCUGCCCACGGCGACCAGUCUGCCCACGACGACCAGUCUGCCACGACGACCAGUCUGCCACGACGACCAGUCUGCCACGACGACCAGUCUGCCCACGGCGACCAGUCUGCCCACGACGACCAGUCUGCCACGACGACCAGUCUGCCACGACGACCAGUCUGCCACGACGACCAGUCUGCCACGACGACCAGUCUGCCACGACGACCAUCUGCCCACGGCGACCAGUCUGCCCACGGCGACCAGUCUGCCCACGACGACCAGUCUGCCACGACGACCUCCCUGCCCACGACGACCAGUCUGCCCACGACGACCUGCCUGCCCACGACGACCUGCCUGCCCACGACGACCUGCCUGCCCACGACGACCUGCCUGCCCACGACGACCUGCCUGCCCACGACGACCUGCCUGCCCACGACGACCUGCCUGCCCACGACGACCUGCCUGCCCCCGACGACCUCCCGCCCACGACGACCUCCCUGCCCACGACCUGCCUGCCCACGACGACCUCCCUGCCCACGACGACCUCCCUGUCCACGACGACCUCCCUGCCCACGACGACCUCCCUGCCCACGACGACCUGCCUGCCCACGACGACCUGCCUGCCCCACGACGACCUCCCUGCCCACGACAACCUCCCUGCCCACGACGACCUCCCUGCCUACGACGACCUGCCUGCCCACGACGACCUGCCUGCCCACGACGACCUGCCUGCCCACGACGACCUGCCUGCCCACGACGACCUGCCUGCCCACGACGACCUGCCUGCCCACGACGACCUGCCUGCCCACGACGCACCCGCUGUAACAUACUUCAAUCUCGCCAUGUGA